UGCCAAUGACGAUGAUGAUGGCACUGCCACGGUGGCGCAGCCCCUCUAUUGCGUAGUCAGUGCCUUCCGCGGCGCAUUGGUUCCGAGCCCCGCCCAGGCCCGGCAGGAGUCUCCGUAUAUAACACCUGCUUUGGAAGCUGGCCUCUUGGCUUUCUCUCAUCUAACCGAACCCCCCUCCCCCUUUUAAUCCCGUCUGACUAUCUUGUCAGCUUUGCUCAUUACUCUCUCAAUUCCCUUUGCAAACUCAAGACUCAUCCCUCAUCUUCACACUCAUACUCGACUCAUGUCCUCAUUCGCCCCGCCUCCCGGCCCACCCCCGCCGACAGUACCGGAGGGUUGGAAAGCCCAGUACGACGAUCGCUAUCAGACAUGGUUCUACAUCAACAUCGCCACGGGUAAAUCACAAUGGGAGCGCCCCGAAGCACCACCACUUUCUGGCCCUCCCGCGGGCCCCCCACCCAGUGAACUGCCCUCCGAGGCCGUCCCAAGCGACAAAAAGCAACCGAUGGCCUCGAACAACCCCUACAAUGUCGCAAACAACGCCAAGGACGGCACCCCCUCCACCACCCUUGACGAGGACGCCCGACUAGCCGCCAAACUCCAAGCCGAGGAGGACUCCCGAGCCCGCGCCCAAGGUGGCGAUCGCGGCGCAGCAACGGACUACUACAGCGACCCAUCCUCCGGCCAAGGACCACCCAACUACGCUGGUCCAUCUCAAAGUCCCCUCCCGCAGUCACAAAGUCCCAUGCCAGAACAGAAGCGCAGCAAGGGUGGCUUCCUGAGCAAACUCAUGGGCAAAAGCUCGAGCUCCUCACGGCCGCAUCCCCCACCCCAGCAGCAGUACGCCUCGUACCCGCAACAACAGGGUCCUCCUCCCGGGGGUUACUACGGCGGUGGUGGUUACCCGCCCCAGCAGGGGUAUGGGUAUCCACAGGCCGGAUAUGGCGGUGGCUAUGGAGGGGGCUAUCACCAGCAGCAGGGUGGGUAUUAUGCGCAACAGCCGCCGCGAAAGUCUGGGGGAAUGGGAACUGCGGGGGCGGCCGCCUUGGGUGUCGGUGGUGGAUUGCUAGGUGGCUUGUUGAUUGCUGAUGCGGUGGAGGAUAUGGGGGAUCAUGACAACUAUGAUAAUGGAGGUGGAGAUUGGGGUGGUGGUGGUGGUGAUGAUUUUGGUGGAGGUGAUUUUUAGUCGUGAUCCACCUGGGCGUUGUCUGAUGGGAUUUUCCCCAUUCUUUCUUGAUGUUCUGUUGCUCUCCUUAUCCCCCUAUCUUACGUGGUUAUGAUGUACAUGGAUUUUGACUUUGAACGCCCGAGGAGGAAUGUUUUCUUUUUCUUUUGUUUGCCUUUUUGGCUUUUUGGCUCUGGUGUGGGUCUGUGACGCAGUACAUAAUGAAUCAAUUGUUUUUUUUAUGGAAUAGUCUACGGGCUACGGGCGUGCUUUAUCAUCAGAUAUGCUCGGUCGUCUAUGAUUCAAAUUCCCAGAUCUGAUGCUGAUUCUAAUACAAGACACUCGACACAUUCAUCACCGACACAAGACUAGCCACGCUUCCUCGCAGAGCCAGCAGCGGCCUCUCGACCCGUCGCACCCUCGCGAGCCCCUUCGGCACUGGCCAUGGGACUGGGCGCGGUGCCGGCCAUCCAUCCGGCAAGAUCAAAGCCACCACCAGUCAUGGCAUUGGUAGUAGCACCGGUCAGGGGAGAGGCACGAGAUUGCUGUUCGAAUUCGGCGCGCGUCUCCGGGU